AUGAGUACAUUACAUAGCGCGGCACAAGAGGCUCAAUUGGGGGAAUUGAAUGAGUUGCUAAACGCACAACCAAACUCAAUUGACAAACUGGACAAGAACACACGCUCUCCUUUACAUUGGGGCUGUACAUCCAGUCAUCCCUCUGUCGUUAGAAUGUUGCUGGAAAGAGGCGCAAAAGUCGAUAUUGAGGAUGGUUUAGGGUGGACACCUCUCAUGAUAGCCAGCUCUGCGGGUAGUUUGGAGAUAGUGGAUAUGCUGAUAAAGAAUGGAGCAUCAGUUAAUCACGUAAACAACAAGGGACAAGCAUCUUUGCAUUACGCUGCAUCCAAGAAUCAUGCCACUAUUGCUCAUUUACUUCUGGAAAAGGGAGCGGAUGUAAACGUGAAAGAUAAAGCUAAUCAGCAUCCUUUGCACCGCGCAGCUACAACAGGCAACGGUGAUAUCAUCAAGUUACUCAUUAGUCCGCCUAAUGCACAACACAAGACGAGACUUAAUACAGCUGACAGGCUGGGCAACACACCGCUACACCUUGCAAUGGAAUCAGGCCAUGCUUCUACUGCUAUUCUACUUAUAAACGCAGGUGCUGACAGGGAGAGACAGAAUUUUGAUCAACAGACACCACUCGAAAUUGAGGGAGUUGGUGGACAAGAGCAACGUAGAGUUGUUGAUAGUGUAUUCAUCGACUUGGAAUUUCUCAGACAGACGACGACGACCAAGAUGACAAAACCAGAAAAUAAAUACGAAGCAAAGUUUGAGUGGCAUGAUAGAUCCGCCCACGACGUUCACCUCCAAGGAAGUUUCACGGGAUGGAUGAAUGACAGCAAUAUCCCAUUGAAGAAAGGCCAAGAUGGCGUUUGGAGGGCUAGUCACUACGUAACCUACUCAGCGAAACACCAAUAUCGCUAUAAAGUGAAUGGGGAGUGGAAGAUUGAUCCACGCGUUGAGUCGUCGCAUGGCAGUCCACUCAACGUCCUGGUCAACUACUUUUUCGCUCCAAAUCAACCACCGUCGUCGAAUAGAGCAGACAAGAAGAAAAACAAGAGGAAAACUAAGAAGGCUUUGAAGGGCGUCGAUAGCCAUGGUAAUGAAACCCAUGGCAACGACAGCCACGAUGACAGCAACAGCAACUCAGACCAUGACGAUGAUGCCGUUGAACACCUCACUGACCAUCAUUCCAAGUCUAAAAACCGCGUCUCUGCUAAUACUACAUCUUGGCCAGCUAUUCCUGAGAAACCUGAGAAAACUCACGCUCACUCUGACAAGCAGCAUAACCAGAAGAAAGAGGAUAACCAGAAUAACCAAGAUAAGGCUUUUGACGGCGUUGUUGCAGGUGCUACUGAGGGUGCCAAGAAAAACACCGCAGACACCUCAUACACUCAUCAACAAGAAGUAUCCCCAGAAGAUGAAUCAAAAUCGGCUCAAGACAAGGUUGUUUCACCUGCUCAAGAUGGCCAUCAAGAAGAUCAGCACAAAGAAUCAGCCACCACCGACACCAAUGAUACUAGCAACACCAAUGAAACACCGGAUAAUGUUACAGACGACACUAAAAUCAACCCACCAAUAACUGGCGUCGCUGCUCAAGUUCCAACAAAUUCCAACACCACUGGUGAAGAUGUCAAGCACAAGGUUGAGGAUGCUGAGAAGAACGUCGAUGACGUCAAGAAGAAUGGUGAGGCUAAGGCAGAUGAGUCCAAUAAGGAUGUCCAAGACAAGGCAGCAGUUGCUAAGCAGGAUGCUGAGAAGAAGGAGGCUCAAGCUAAACAGGAUGCUGAGAAGAAGGCGGCUCAGGCUAAGCAAGAUGAAGAAAAUAAAGCAGCUCAAGCCAAGCAGGAUGCCGAUAAGAAGACGGAAGAAGCCAAGAACUCAGCCGCCCAAGCUAAACAAGACGCUGAUAAGAAAGCUCAGGAAGCCAAGAACUCGGCCGACCAAGCUAAACAAGACGCCGACAAGAAGGCUGAAGAAGCCAAAGACUCCGCAGCCCAAGCUAAGGGCGAAGUAAAGGAAAGCGCCACUCAAGCUAAAGAGCAGGUGAAUACCUCUGCCGCGCAGGCUCAAACCCAAGCAAACAGCAGUGCCGCACAGGCCCAAAACGAGGCAAACACAGUCAAGAAGGAUGCCACGAAUGCAGCUAAGGAGAGUGCCUCUGAAGCUAAAACUGAGUCUAAAGAGGCAGUCAAAGAAGCCACUGAGAGGAAGCCUUCGCUGCCAAAGAGAAUAUCAAAACGUAUCUCUGGAAUGCUGCACCUUGGAAGUAAGAAGUAA